CCGACCGCGCAGCGUCGCCACCUGCUUUUAAAGCCCUGCGCAAGUUGUCACGGGACUCGGGAUUGAUCAGCGGUUGCUUUCUCGGGGGAGUUUGGAUUUCGGCGGACGGCAAUAAUACCCCGGAAGCAUGUCAGAAUUCUGGCUGAUAUCUGCUCCUGGGGAGAAAUCCUGCCAACAGACAUGGGAAAAACUGUGCAAUGCCACCAUGAAGCAGAACAACGUUGCUUCCAGCUACAAGUUCCACAUUCCAGAUCUCAAGGUGGGCACGCUAGACCAGCUGGUCGGUCUCUCGGACGCUGGAAAACUGGACACCUAUGUGGAGAGUGUGACCAGAAAAGUGGCCAGCUACCUGGGCGACGUGCUGGAAGACCAGAGAGACAAAUUGGCCGACAACCUCCUCGCCAAUGGCCUUGAACUCGAAGCCUAUCUAACGCGGUUUCAAUGGGACAUGGCUAAAUACCCGAUCAAGCAAUCCCUCAAGAACAUCACGGAAAUCAUCAACAAGCAAGUGUCGCAGAUAGACGGGGACCUGAAAACAAGAUCAGCAGCUUUCAACAACCUCAAGACGCAGUUGCAGUCGAUAGAACGGAAAGCGACGGGGAGUCUCUUGGUCAGAAGCCUGGCAGACCUGGUGAAGAAAGAGCACUUUGUCCUCGGAUCCGAGUACCUUACCACUCUCCUUGUGGUUGUACCAAAGGCAUUGUAUAAGGACUAGUUGAAGUACGAGAAGUUGGCCGACAUGGUGGUUCCCAAGUCAUCUCAGUUGGUCUUUGAAGACAGUGAGCAUGGCCUCUUCACGGUGACGCUCUUCGAGAAAGUCAAGGACGAGUUCAAGCUUCACUGCCGAGAAAACAAGUUUGUGGUCAGAGACUUUGUCUACGAUGAAAGUGCCCUCUUGGCUGGGAAGAAUGAAAUUGCCAAGCUGGAGAGUGACAAGAAAAAACAAUACGGCCUUCUUGUCCGCUGGCUCAAAGUGAACUUCAGCGAAGCCUUCAUGGCCUGGAUCCAUGUGAAGGCACUUAGGUUGUUUGUUGAAUCAGUUCUUAGGUAUGGUCUCCCAGUCAACUUCCAAGGCAUGGUCCUGCAUCCGCACAAGAAAAUGCAAAAGCGUCUCCGCGAAGUCCUCAACCAGCUUUACAGUCACCUUGACACGAGCAUCGCCCAGGGUCCUGUUGAUGACAUUCCUGGCCUCAACAUGGGGCAACAAGAGUACUAUCCUUACGUCUACUUCAAGAUUUGCAUCGACCUGGCUGACUCCUCUUCGGGACGUCUGUAGCCACUUUCCUCCGCCGUUGAGUGUUGACUGACAAAAAAACGUAACGGAGCAGGAGUCGCACUUUCCUCCGUAAAGUGUGACAUAUUUAUUCCGUAGAUGCCACCUAUGUUGUUAGCAAUUGUAAGAACAAAAUGUGUACGUCAGAGAGUGGUGGUUGGAUGCUUCCAGAGUUUAACCUUGGUCGGUUUCUGCUAGUCCAAAGGAAGUGUUUUGUUUCAUUGAGAAAUCUGAACACAUUUAUACAUUAAGAGCUUAGUACCUUGUGCGAUAUCAUUAAAUGCUAAGUCAUCGCUUAAGUACUUGGUUUAAUUUCACGUCUGUCUGUCUGCAUGUUGAGAUUGUCUAUAAGCGCAACAUUCCGUCAACAGUAUUGCAGCUCGUGCUUACCAUCCGUAGAUCAGGAUGUGUUAUGAUUUUUCUUUUAAAACAUAUAAGAUGUUGAUUAAAAGGAUCGUUGUGAAGAUUAA